GGCGGGCGGGCGGGCGGGCGGGCGGACGAUGGAACUCCACAUCCUGGAGCACCGGCUGCAAGUUGCCAGCGUCGCCAAGGAGAGUCUCCCGCUCUUCACCUACGGCCUGGUCAAGCUCGCCUUCCUCUCCUCCAAGACCAGGUGCAAGUUCUUCAGCCUGACGGAGAGCCCAGAGGACUAUACCAUCAUUGUGGAUGAAGAGGGCUUCUUGGCAGUGACGAGCUGCCCUGGGUCCCCAGAACUGCCAUCCUCGGAGCACCUGAGUGUGGCCGAUGCCACCUGGCUGGCCCUCAAUGUGGUAUCAGGCGGCGGCGGCUUUGCUGGCUCACAGCCCAUUGGAGUCACCAAGAUUGCCAAGUCCGUCAUCGCGCCGCUGGCUGACCAGAACAUCUCAGUAUUCAUGCUCUCCACUUACCAGACGGACUUUAUCCUGGUGCGCGAGCGGGACCUGCCCUUUGUCACGCAUACGCUGUCCUCCGAGUUCACCAUCCUGCGAGUGGUCAACGGUGAGACGGUGGCUGCCGAGAACCUGGGUGUCACCAACGGCUUCGUGAAACCCAAGCUGGUCCAGAGGCCUGUCAUUCACCCACUGUCCAGUCCGAGCAACCGUUUCUGUGUCACCAGCUUGGAUCCAGACACGCUGCCUGCUGUCACCACCCUUCUCAUGGAUGUCAUGUUCUACUCCAAUGGAGUGAAGGACCCCCUGGGUGCCAGCGAUGACUGUGGCCACAUCCGCUUCUUCUCCUUCUCCCUCAUUGAGGGCUAUAUCUCCCUGGUCAUGGAUGUGCAAACCCAGCAGAGGUUUCCGAGUAACCUGCUGUUCACCAGCGCGUCCGGAGAGCUGUGGAAGAUGGUGCGGAUCGGAGGGCAGCCCCUGGGCUUCGAUGAGUGUGGCAUCGUGGCACAGAUCUCCGAGCCCUUGGCGGCUGCUGACAUCCCUGCCUACUACAUCAGCACAUUCAAGUUCGACCAUGCGCUGGUACCUGAGGAAAACAUCCACGGGGUCAUCGGCGCCCUGAAGGUCAGCCAAGCAGAGAAGCACUAGGAGGAAGAGGGGCCAUGCUCUGUGCCCCCCCCCCUUGCCCACCGGGCCCCCCUCCACCAGCUCCCUUGCAGUAUUUCUCAAAUGACUAGAAAAGGGGUCCUAGGAGCCCUGAGAAGAAGGAGCCUCUAAGAGCCGCCCCAUGACUGGGACCCCUGCCAAGGCCGUCCCAUACCCUCCUGCCUCCCAGAGCCCCGAGAAAACCCCCUGCACACCUCACCUCACCCUAUGUAGAGCCUGAUGUCUGGGUCCUGGGGGAUAGAGCUCAGCCACAGCUGGAGGCAUAAGCCCAGGGCAGGCACUGCUCCUCCACGAUGCCAGAUGCCGUCUACUUGGUGGUCUCAGGGCACUGGAAGAGCAGGAAUGAGAGUGUGUGGCCCUCGGAGGCCCAGGUUAGGGGAGCCAGAAGCAGUCCUUGGUUAUGACUCUGCCAGCCACAGGGUCUGCACCCUGAAUCCAGCAAGACUGCCAAGAGGGUACCCUCCCAGACCUUCCCUCCAGGGUUCAAUCCCUAGGACACCCACCAGCCUGUCUGCUCUGAGUUCCUGACCUCUGACUCCCUCAAGUGGGGCUCCCAGCAUCCUGGGUCACCCCUUCUCCCCCACCAUUAACUAGACCAGCAUUGGGCCCCUUUUGGGGGACAUAGAAGGCCCCUCUGGGGACCAGGGUGUUCACAAGUACUUGAGUUGGGGGGGCAGCCAAGCCUUAAUAGAGAAGAGCCCCUUUGUUCCUCCGCGCAUGGGCCACCACUCACCCUCACUUCGCUUGACCCGCUGCCUGUGGGACAAGCAUGGAUCAGGCCUUGGCACUCUUUCAGGUAGGAAGUUGUGUUUCAAAUUGGGGUCCCCCAGACACCCCCACUAAACCAGCUGGCCAGUCCCACUGGCCCUGCUUCUGCCUGGACCUCAGAAGGGACUGACCACACGAGGUGGCCUUUAGACCAGGGGGAAGGGAGAGCACCCAGCAGGGUGGCCCACGGAGCUGCUGUGAUGAGCAGGGAGAUGAGGCGUUGCUGGUUCUGAAGGUUUGUGGGUGCCCUGCCCCACCUCACAGCUAU